AUGAAGUUUUUAAUAAAAAAUUUUUCUUUAAAUUAUAUUUUAGCUCUUUCAUUUAAUCAACCAAAUUUAUCUUCAACUGUAACUUGGAAUCGAAAUGGUAUCACAUUUGCUAAUGAAUCCGUUAUUGGGAAAACGCCCGAGGCUAUUUUCAUUAAUACGAAUAAUACAAUCUAUACAAUUCAUAUGCACGAGAAAAAGAUUUUAAUAUGGAAUGAAAAUAAUCUUAAUUUAACAUCUAUUGAUUUGGAUAAUUUGUCAGUGCCCACAUAUCUAUUUGUAACAUCAAAUGCCGAUAUUUAUAUUAGUGAUAGCUGGGGAGAUAAAACAGUGCAGAGAUGGAAAUCAGAGACAAACACUUUUGAAACUGUUAUGAAUGUAAAUUCAGCAUGUUCUGGUCUUUUUAUUGAUAUCAAUGAUAAUUUGUAUUGUUCAUUGUAUGAGGAAAAUCAAGUGAUGAAAACAAACUUAAACGAUUCUUCUAUGACAUCCAUUCCUAUUGUUGGAACAGGUUCUGAAGGAUCUAAUAGUAACGAACUUUCAAAUCCUGGUGGCAUUUUUGUUGAUGUGAACUUCGAUUUAUUUGUGGCGGAUACUAAUAAUCAUCGAGUACAAUUUUUUUCAUAUGGAGAAACCCAUGGGAUUACAGUUGCUGGUGAAAGAUCUUAUAAGCUCACUAUACCACUUUUAAAACCUGAUGGGAUUACCUUGGAUGCUAAUAAAUAUUUAUAUAUUGUUGAUAGGGGGAAUCAUCGUGUGAUUGGAGAAGGACCUUACGGUUUUCGAUGCUUAGUUGGAUGUUAUAGUGUAGGAGGUGACGAAGAAAAAGGAGGAGGUUCUCAAUCGAAUCAAUUGAAGCGUCCAAUAGCUAUGAGUUUUGACACUUUUGGUAACAUUUUUGUUGUGGAGUCGAGAAACAAUCGAAUUCAAAAAUUUGAACUUAUCUCUUCUGUUAUUUCACUUAAUCAACCUCAAUUUUGUCCAAACCAAACUUGGAAUCGAAAUGGUAUCACAUUUGUUAAUCCAUCCAUUAUCGGAAAAUGGACCCCUGACGGUUUAUUCAUUAAUACGAAUAAUACAAUCUAUACAAUUCAUAAGCAGCAAAAAAAGAUUAUAAUAUGGAAUGAAAAUAGUCUUAAUGUGAGAUAUAUUAAUUUGAGUCACUUCUUAGAACCCAGAUAUCUAUUUGUAACAUCAAAUAGUAAUAUUUAUUUUAAUGUUGGAGAUGAUGGGAAUAGAACAGUACAGAAAUGGGAUUCAGAGAGAAGCACUUUUGAAACUGUUAUGAAUGUAAAUUCAGAGUGUUAUGUUCUUUUUAUUGAUAUCAAUGAUAAUUUGUAUUGUUCAUUGCCUGAGGAAAAUCAAGUAGUGAAAAAAAACUUAAACGAUUCUUCGAUGACAUCCAUUCCUGUCGCUGGAACAGGUAAUAAAGGAUCUAAUAGUAAUGAGCUUUCUUGGCCAGAAGGGAUUUUCGUUGAUGUGAACUUCGAUUUAUUUGUGGCAGAUUAUGAAAAUAACCGAAUACAACUCUUUUCAUAUGGAGCAACCAAUGCCACUACAAUUGCUGGUGAAAAGUCAGUAAGUCCAACUAUAUCACUUCAUAAUCCUAGGGCGAUUACCUUGGAUGCUAAUAAAUAUUUAUAUAUUGUUGAAUCGGCGGCAGAACGUGUGGUUGGAGAAGGACCUUACGGUUUUCGAUGUUUAGUUGGCUGUUAUGAAAGAGAAGGAGGAGAUUCUCAACUGGCACAUGCAAUGCUUAUAAGUUUUGACAAUUUUGGUAAUAUGUUCGUUCUCGCAGGUGAUGAAAUUCUAAAAUUCUCUAUAGAAAAUUCUUGUGGUUUUCCGUUCAAUCAACCAGAAAUUUGUUCAAAAUCAGUUUGGAAUCGAAAUGGAAUAACAGUUGCCGAUCAAUUUCAGCUUGGUUUAAAUCCUUCUUCAAUCUUUAUUAAUAAACAAAAUUCAAUUUAUUCGAUUAAUCGAGAAAAACAACAAAUUUUAUUUUGGAAUGAAAAUGAUAGUGCUCCAUCAAAAAAGAUUCCUACUAAUUAUGAUAAUUCAUCUUCUUUAUUUGUUUCAUCAAUUGGUGAAAUUUUUAUUGAUAAUGGAAUAAACGGUCGGGUUGAAAAAUGGAUAUUUAAUAGGAAUGUAUCAACCACUGUAAUGAUAGUUUCUUCUUCUUGUUUCGAUUUAUUUAUUGAUAUAAAAAACUUUUUAUAUUGUUCAAUGUCUAAAAAUCAUUUAGUUAUCAAAAAAGACAUUUAUAGUCCUGUCAUGGGAUGGGAAGCCGUCGCUGGAACAAGUGAAAAGGGUUCAACAUCAGUUCAUCUUAAUGAUCCUCGUGGAAUAUUCGUUGAUAUAAAAUUCGAUACAUAUGUAGCAGAUUGUGGAAAUGAUCGAAUUCAAAGAAUUUCAUCUGGGCAAAUGGAAGGUACUACGUUAGUAGGAAGUACAUUACUUGCGAAACGUCAAUACUUACUUUCAUGUCCAACUGCAAUUAUAUUAGAUAUUCAACAAUUUUUAUUUAUUGUUGAUUCAAAGAAUCGUCGAAUUCUUCGAUCAGGACCCACUGACAUUUUUUGUGUUAUCGGAUGUGAUGGACUUAAUAUAAAAUCUACUCAAUUACUCCUUCCAACUAGUCUUGCUUUUGAUAAUUUUGGAAAUUUGUUUGUUGUUGAUUCAGGAAAUCAUCGAAUACAAAAAUUUGAAUAUUCAUCAAAUUCGUGUGAUAUGUUUUCAGUUAUUGAAUGGACAAAUUCAUCAAUAUUAGCUAAAAAUAGUCAAAUCUAUUCACAAGGUUGUGAUAGGGAAAGUUACUAUUAUGAAUCAUUUGAGAUCAAAGUACCUGAAAAUCGUUAUUAUACAAUAUGGAGUAGUUCGGCCAUUGAUACAUAUGGUUAUAUUUAUGAAGAGACUUUUAAUCCACUUAAUCCAGAUGAACAUCUUUUUACAAAAAAUGACGAUGGAGGAUCUGAGAAUCAAUUUAAAUUUGACCUUCCCCUUUACAAUGACACAAAAUACAUAUUAGUUGUCACAACAUAUUCUCCAAUGAUCACUGGGAAUAUUAUAGUUCAUAUGUCGGGUGUUAGGCAUGUUCUUGUUACACGUCUUUCUUCACAAAUAACUAUUCAAUCAAAUUAUUCAUCUGAAAUCACAACGAAUAGUCCAAAAUACUGUCGUGAUUACAAAAGUCGAAGUUAUCAUUAUGAAACAUUAGAAAUUAAUGUUAAAAAACCUGGUCCAUAUGUAAUUUGGAGUGAAAGUGAAUAUGAUACAUACGGUUAUCUUUAUAAAGAUAAUUUUGAUCCAUUACAACCAUUUGGUAAUUUACUUUUUCAACAUAGUGGAAAAUGUAAUCAACAUCAAUUGAAAUUCUUUGUUGAUCUUGAAGCAAAUAUAAAAUAUAUAUUAGUUAUAACAACAUAUUAUCCAAAUCAUACAGGAAAUUUCUCUAUUUUUAUAUCUGGUGAUAAUGAUGUUACUAUUAAUCGUUUUAAUUCAAAACAACAAAGUUGUUCAAUUGGAGAUCGUUGUCAUUUUUAUUCUACAACAAUUGGUUUACCUCUUGAUGAUAUAUUACGCGGUGAAAUUCAAUCAAAUAUAACGUUGUCUAAUCAAUCAAUUUCAAUUAAAAUAAGUGCUGCUUUUACAAUUAUUAUGUUUAUUAUUGGAUUUAUAAAUAGUUUACUUUGUUUUUUAACAUUUAAAAGUAAAGAAGAACGACAAAAUGGAUGUGGAUUAUAUUUAUUUACAUUAUCAAUUACUUCUUUUAUAACAUCGUGUAUGUUUUCAGUUAAUUUUUGGUUUUCUUUAAUUACUGAAAUUCAUUUCGUGACUGAUAUUUCAAUACUUCGCGGAGGUCGUUUGGUUAUUGAACCUCUUCUUAAACUUUUUCUCUAUUAUGAUACUUGGCUAAAUGCUUGUAUUGCAAUUGAACGAGCAGGCCGAGUUUUUAGUGGAGUUAAUUUUGAUAGAAACAAGAGUAAACGUAUUGUUCAAUGUAUUAUCUUCAUUUUACCAUUGUGUAUUAUGGCUAGUCUUAUUCAUGAACCUUUACAUCGAAAUAUGUUUGAAUAUAACACUGAAACAGGCAAAGCUUAUGUUAAUAAAAGUGAUAGUCCUUUAUUCGAUGUAAGAAAUAAAACAUUUAUCGAUACAAUUUAUCAAAGUACAACUCAACGACAAUUUUGGUGUGUAGUUCGUUAUUCAUCAUCUAUUCAAUAUUAUAAUACUGGAAUAUUAUAUUUUCAUCUUAUAAUUCCAUUUCUUGCUAAUCUAUUUUCAGCUUUAUUUAUUAUUUUUCAAACUGCACGUCAACGAUCAACAGCACAAACGAAUCAAUCUUUGCAAGAACAUUUUCGUCAACAAUUACAUGAACAUAAGCAUUUAAUUAUAAGUCCAAUUAUUUUACUUAUUUUAACAAUGCCUCGUUUAAUUAUUUCAUCAUUAUCUGGUUGUAAACGAACAUCAAAAAAUAUUUGGAUAUAUCUUAUGGCUUAUUUCUUUUCAUUUACACCAUCGAUAUUUACCUUUGUUAUUUUUGUCAUACCAUCGAGUUUAUAUAUGAAAAACUUUAAACGAUCUUUUAAUAUUUGUCGAUGCCAAACUGCUAAAAAAUCAAAUGGUAAACAAAUCUUGAAUGAAUAA